AUGAGUCAGAACAACUCACCGCUCAUUCCUAGAGAGCCCCUCCCCCCUGCGGCUUCCCUCACGCCGCCCCCUCCCCCCUAUUACAGCAUUGCUCCGGGCGCCAAGACGGAUUCCAGCCAAGCACUGCUGCAGUCGGUUCCCCGCCUCUCUUGCUCCCGCAGCCCAAGUCCUGGUUCUGCAGCUCGGCUGUGCCCCGGACAGUCCCCUGUUCCUCCCCCACGCCGCCCCCGCGUGGCACCCCCUGGCUCGGGGCCCAGAGGUGGGCGGGCGCAGUGGGCGCAGGCGGGGGCCCCGUGCAGGUGCAGCGGGGCUCCUGGGCUCUUCCUGCACCCCGGGGAUGCCUCGACUGGCACGGCCGUGGGUGGAGGACGCCUGUCGGUGGCUCUGAAGCCGGGCGCAGCGCCCCAUCCCGGCAGGGGUGGGGCACCAGAAGGGGGCUCCUGGAGCCGGGGCCUGCUUCUGAAGGCGGAGGUGCUGGUUCGGAAAACCCGAGGGACAGUCUCCCGCGGGGACGCGCCUGGGGGGGCUGUGUGUGACAUUCAGGGUGUGACCGUUGCCCGGUGGGCGCGGAACCCCGAGGCCAGGCCGUGUGGCCGGCUCCUAUCCGCUCGCAGGACCCUAAGUCCUGGACCCCGCGGGUCCCCAGAGAAGGGGGGACCUCGUUGGCGCCGCCAGCCAGGCCUUCCCAGCCCGGCCGCCCGGCGACGCGGGCGCUCCUCCGGGACCCGGCGGCCGCCCGCCGGCUGCGCCCUCGGUCCUCCAGGGUCCGGUGCGGGGGCGGCCGCUCGUCCCCCUCCCUCUCCGGGCUCCCGGCUCGGCCGCCCUGCGCGGGGGCGGGGGCGGGGGCGGAGCGCGCGGGCGGGAUCCCCCCCGCCUCCCCUUCCUGGUCCCCGGGAAAUCCAGUCUCCGCGGCUUGGCCGCCUCCCGCGCCCGCUGCCGCUCGGCGCUCGCUUGGGGCUCCGCAGCCGGCGCGGCCCCUCCGCCGGCGGCUCCGCAGUGCCGGGCCCGUCCCUGCCCGCCUACCCGCCUGCCCGCCUGCCCGCCCGCCGCAGCAGCAGCAGCAGCGCCCCGGGCCGGGCCGCCGGCACCAUGUAA